AUGGCUCUCUUUGAAGAAGAUGCAGAUGCUGCUCAGCAGUUGAUUGAAUCGGGGAGCGACAUUGAGGCAUUUGAUCACAUGGGCUGGCGACCUUUACAUCGGGCUUGCUUCGCUGGCCUUGCAGAGGUUGCAGGCUUACUACUCCAGAAGCGUGCAGAUCCAUCUUCUGCAGAUUGUGAUGGCUUGCAACCGCUGCACAUUGCAGCAGCCGGUGGGCAUUUGGAAUGCUGCCGACACCUGUUGUCGGCACGUGCAGAUCCACGAGCACCAGAUGGGUACUCUGGUAUGACAGCGCAGAUGCAUGCUUUGACCAAGGAGGAUGCAAAUGGCAGUGCCCUCCGGCAGCUUCUUGGAGAGCCAGAUCUGUCCCUCUUUGCGGCCUGGGGCGAUCCAUUAGCCGUAGCAAAGCAUCUUGCAGAUGCUCCUGAGGAGGAAGCAAAAGAGCUAGAGACGGUCAUGUGGUCGAACAAAAGGGUUUGCAAGCCUUGUGUCGAACCCUCUGCACUUGAGAAAUUUGAAGACAUUGACUGA